UCUCCAUCUAAUUUGUACCAAGAAUUCACCAAUAUUUGCACAUAUUAUAAGCAGGUGACUCUUUGCAACUCUACUCUCAAUAAACAAAAAUUACUAAAUGAAGCCCGAACAGUAUGGAAAGAAAUAAAAAAAGAAAAUGAAACAGCUAUUCGUCAAAAAAAUGCAAUAACCAAAAUCAAGGAAGCAACUCAACGAAUAUCUGAAUGUGAACAAGCAAUUAAACUUAUUAGUGAUCAAAAAACAAAAAAAAAAUUAUCAACCAAAAUUGAAAAGAAUCGAAUAGUUAUUAAAGGCAAAAAAACAAAAACAACUCAACGAUGA